AUGGGCCCAAACGAAACAGAAAGAGCGACCAUAUUUCCUAACAGUACCAGGUCAGUGUUUUAUUGCCCACAUGACCCACACUUAGUUUGGGAUUUACAUGACACUACUUCUCCCUGGGUCUUGGCCGCUGUCGCAUCUAUAAUUUCUCCACUUGCGGUUCUUUUGAACGCGCUAAUAAUCAUAGCAGUAAAGCAAAGAAAAGAACUGCAGAGAGCUUCCAAUAUCUUGUUAUCAAGUUUGGCCGUUACAGAUGUUCUAGUAGGAAGUUUAAGUAUACCGUUAUCUGCCGUGGUUGAACUGUUAGUCACUCAUCAAGUACUGGCUGACCAUUACAUUUGCGUGUUGGACUUUGUGGCCAUAUCGUCCACGGUCUUUCUCACGAUUUGUUCGUUUUUCCAUCUGACAAUGAUUGCUUGGGAAAGGUACGUGGCCAUUCGAAAAUGGAUUGACUACAAAGUGAUGGUGACUAAAGGCCGUAUGAAAAAGCUGGCGAUGGUAGCUUGGGUAUUAGCAAUUGUAACUGUAUCACCACAAUUUAUCACGGCACCGCUCACAGGAAUGAUGAGGGCGAAUGAAGGGGUUUUAGCUCUGGAAAUUUUCCUCAUCGUCCUUUCAGUUUUGCUAAUAUCUGCCCUAAGUCUUAUCGUAUAUUUUUAUGUCAUGGUGUACCUUGGAGUUCGCAAACGCAAAAUAAGUCAAAUUCUUCAAGUCAGCGAGUUGGUGAGCGUAAAACAGGAACGCAGAAUAGCUAUGACCGCUGCCGUAGUUACGAUUGCCCUGAUUCUUUCCUUCUUGCCAAGUAUUCUUGGCGGUAUGUUGCAAGGAAUUUAUCCAGUCUUUCGUCAACGUUUGGCGAUGCGUGUAGCGGACAUAUUUUUGUAUCUAAAUUCUGUAGCUAAUCCACUCAUUUACUGCUACAGAGAUCGCCGUUUUAGGAACGCCGUGCUCGAGAUUUUGAAGAGUAGGAAACCCAAAGAAAAGCCGUCCGUUGUAACUGAUGCAGCAAGAUUCGUCGACGUCAAACAUAACGAUGUAUUUGGCUCAGGGAAAGAUACGCUACAGAUGCAAAAGGUGGAAAACCAAGUUCGUUUAACAAGAUCAGCAUCAUGUGAUUUGGCUCGACCCGUAGAUCGAGCUUAUCUCGACUCUCACAAAAUACGCUUAACGAGAACCAAGUCAUCUCUGUCUCUCCCAUGA